AUGUCUGAUCAUACAUUGCCAUCUUCGGCAGACACAUCUGGUUCAUCCGAACUCAAAGCGGGCCAUGCUCCUGCUUUAAAAGUCGGUGGCAUGCGUGUCGGUGCAGGUCGUCCUCGACAAACAUCGCAGGGUGAUGAUAAGGACAAAAACAUGUCUAAUGAUGAAGCAACAGGAGAUAAUGGAGCAAGUUAUAGUAGAGAAAAAUCAACAAGGAACAAUAAUCAUGAAAAUACGAAUGAUACAGAAGAAUCGGGAGCAAUAUCAACUCGCGUUGCUGGUCAGAUGGUUUCGGGGACAUUUGUUCCUGUUCAAAAGGCAUUUCCUACUGAAGGUGUGAAACAUAUUCAUGACAAACCGGGCACCUAUCCUAAAAACGAGUAUCACAGUCACUCAAAACACGAUGAUCAACGUUUUAUUAAUCAACCAAGAAAGUACUAA